AUUCACAACGUCAUAAACAUAACUCUCUCUCUCUCACUUCUGUGUCUGUGUGUAUAUGUGUUAGUCAAUGGGGAGUACUAGUACGGAAGAACAAAGAACAACCACCGCAUUUUCAAUGAAAGAGAGAAUGACCCAGAAAAAGUCUGGAAUGGUUAAUGCAGUUGAGGAGUCAUUGGUCAGUUACCGCCGUGUACGACGGCCGGAGAGGCACCACAGGAGAAGCAGAAGGAAGAUAAGGGAUGUGAAGGUUCUGAAGGAAGUGAAGGAUGGUGGUGGUGAAGAUGAGAAGGCGCAGGUAGAGAGGAAGAUAGUGGCAUUGCAGAGUAUAGUGCCAGGAGGUGAGUCACUUGGGAUAGACAAGCUGUUUGAAGAGACUGCGGGAUACAUAUUGGCAUUGCAGAAUCAACUCCAGGCCUUGAGAGCUCUUACAAUCUGUUUUGAGGGGUGGGAAAGGGAAAGGAUGAAGCUUGGAGGUUGAUGUUCAUGUUCAUGUUAAAGCAAAGGGUAGAUUGGUUUCAUUUCAUGACAGACCAAUUGAAUACUCUCUCUCUCUCUCUCUCUCU